UCUGUGAUUUGUUAUGGUAUUUAAUUAUGAUCAGAUUACGGUUUGAGAACAGUGAGAUCGCUGAUGUCUGAUGAUCUGUUUUUUAAAGAAAAGUGUCGGUUUCUUUCUGAAGUUGAUGCUGAUGAUGUCUGAUCACUUCCUGUCUCCGUCCUCUCUGACAGUGAACUACACCCGUCCCGUCAUCAUCCUCGGCCCCAUGAAGGAUCGGAUCAACGACGACCUGAUCUCAGAGUUCCCCGACAAAUUCGGAUCCUGCGUCCCCCAUACCACCCGACCGAAACGGGACUACGAGGUGGACGGCCGAGACUAUCACUUCGUGGUGUCCAGAGAGCAGAUGGAGAAGGACAUCCAGGACCACAAGUUCAUCGAGGCGGGACAGUACAACAACCACCUGUAUGGAACCAGCGUCCAGUCGGUCCGAGAGGUGGCUGAGAAG